CUAAAUCUUUCUGGGAAUGUGUGCAGACAGACAAGUCGCAGUCACCGCUCCUUCCUGUUUUCCAAACUUUCUAUCUUCCCUCACACCAGGUGGAACUAUCAAGCCGUAAAAGAGGAGACUUGUCAAGAAUUUAGGGGAGGUGUUAAGUGUUGACGUGCGGUGUCAGCGGGCAUGGGGGGCAGCAGGAGAUGCCUUUAAAAUACUCGCUGGUGUCAGUCCAGCAGGACCGGACCGACCGGAUCAUUCACUAUGGACGCUGGGACGAAAUCUGAACCCCCAAACACCGUCGUGGACUAGACAGCUAAAGCAGCAUGGAGGCGCUAAGGGACUCUUUUCUGAAUUUGAAUUUUCAGAUGUCAUCCUACAAGAGAGCCACACUGGAUGAGGAAGACCUGGUGGACUCCGGUGGUGAUGACAUCUACCAGUCUUCACCCAUGCAGGUGACUCUCCGGAAUGGCCGCAACUUCUUGUGCUGGCCUGAGAAAACUGCGACGGAGAGGAGGCUUCUGUUUCUGGUCUGCUUGUUGUCUGCAGGCCUGUUCGUAUCGCUCAUCACCACCGCCGUCUUCUACCGCCAGACACACCCGGGUGUUUGCCUGACAGAACCGUGUAUCACAGUAGCCAGUGCCAUCAUGUCAGCCCUGGACCGCUCCAUUGACCCUUGUCACGAUUUCUACAACUAUGCUUGCGGGGGAUGGAUAAAGAGCAACCCCUUGCCUGAAGGCAAGUCCCGCUGGGGUCCUUUUAGCACCCUGUGGGAGCACAACAUGCUUGUGAUGAAGCAUUUAUUAGAAAACAAGACAAUGAAAGGUCUGAGUCAAGCUGAGGAGAAGGCCCAGCGGUACUAUCAGGCCUGUAUGAAUGAGGAAAAAAUUGAGGAAUUGGGGGCAAAACCAUUGCAAGAACUCAUCACACAGCUUGGAGGUUGGGCCUUGACCGGACCAUGGGCUAAAGAUAAUUUCCAGGAAGUCCUCCGAGCGGUGUCUGCAAACUACCGCGCCUCCCCAUUCUUCACUGUGUUCGUCAGUACCGACUCAAAGAACUCCUCCAGUAACAUCAUUCAGGUGGAUCAGUCCAGCCUGGGACUCCCUUCUCGGGAUUACUACCUCAACAAAACCGCCAAUGAAAAGUAUCUCACGGCAUACCAGAACUUCCUGGUGGAGGUAGGAGUCCUGCUGGGUGGGUCCGAGAAAACGUCUAAGCAGCUCAUGGGGGAAAUAGUGGAGUUUGAAACGGCCCUGGCCAACAUCACUGUGCCCCUAGAGGAGAGACGUGAUGAGGAGCUCAUCUACCACAAGAUGGAGGCCAAAGACCUAAAGAGUUUGGCUCCCGCAGUAGACUGGAUGCCCUACCUCAAUGAGGUGUUCGCCCCUGUGCCGCUCAACGAGUCCGAACCGGUGGUGGUCUACGCCAAAGAGUACCUCCAAAAAGUGUCGGAUCUCAUAACAAGCACAAAUAAAAGCCUUCUCAACAACUACAUGAUCAUGAAAGUGGUAAGGAAGAUGGUAUCCAUCUUGGACCAGAGGUUUCAGGAUGCCGAGCAGCGGUUUUUAGAGGUCAUGUAUGGAACUAAAAAAAGCUGUACUCCUCGCUGGAAGUUGUGCGUCAGCGACACAGACAGCGGCCUAGGCUUCGCUCUGGGCGCCAUGUUCGUUAAGGCCACCUUCGCCGAGGACAGCAAGGCCAUCGCUGAGGACAUGGUUGGUGACAUCAAAAGGGCGUUUGAGGAAGGGUUGAAGUACGUCAGUUGGAUGGACGCUGACACCAAAAAGGCUGCGAAAGAGAAGGCAGAUGCAAUUUACAACAUGGUAGGCUAUCCGGAGUUCAUCAUGAAUGGCACAAAGCUGGACAAAGUAUUCACUGAUUUCGAGGUGGUGUCGGAUCUGUACUUCCAGAAUGUCAUGCAGUACUACAACUUCUCCGCCAGGGUGAUGGCCGACCAGCUAAGAAAAACGCCAAACAGGAACCAAUGGAGCAUGACCCCUCCGACUGUAAAUGCGUAUUACAACCCUACGAAAAACGAGAUGGUUUUACCAGCGGGAAUUCUCCAAAUACCGUUUUACAGCCGUCUCUGGCCCAAAGCCCUCAACUUUGGUGGAAUCGGGGUAGUCAUGGGGCAUGAACUGACUCAUGCUUUUGAUGACCAGGGGAGAGAAUACGACAAAGAGGGCAAUCUGCGUUCUUGGUGGAAGAACUCAUCCGUAGAGGCCUUUAAGAAGCAGGCGCAGUGCAUGGUGGAGCAGUACGGAAACUACAGCAUAAAUCAGGAGCCCCUGAAUGGUCGUCACACGCUAGGAGAGAACAUCGCCGACAACGGUGGGCUGAAGUCUGCUUAUGAGGCUUACGUGAACUGGAUAGCAAAGAAUGGCGAGGAAGCCACGCUGCCAGCACUGGGAAUGACCAACCACCAGCUGUUUUUUGUGGGAUUUGCACAGGUGUGGUGUGCAGUGAGGACACCAGAGAGCUCGCACGAGGGCGUCAUCACCGACCCGCACAGCCCGUCCAGAUUCAGAGUCAUUGGGACUGUCUCAAACUCUCACGAGUUCUCCAAGCACUUUGGCUGUCAAGCAGACACACCCAUGAACCCCAAACACAAGUGCGAACUUUGGUAAUGCCUCAAAAUGAACUCCAGGGGGACACUGACUGUGGAGGCUCACUGGCCGAAGAACCACAAAGAGCCACUCGAUGCCCAUCAGCAUUUGUUGCAACUAAAUGUGCGGAUUUGUGAGGAUUUGUUUAAUUUAAAAUUUUUACAUUUUCAUAUUUUAAAAGUCCUGGGGGUUUUAAUAACGUACCUUUGACAAAAUAGGGUCAAUAUGAUUGAACAAUUUUACACACAUAUUCCUGUUUUGCACAAGCACUAGAGUAGCUAGCUAGCAUGUCUAGGGCGUGGUGUGGUUCUCAAAUAAAUGAGCCAAAGUGUGAUAGUUUAAGACAUGUUGAAGGUGUCUUUUCUUAAUCUUUAAAUAGUAUAACUGAUCAUGUCAUUGUUGGAGAUCCUCAAUAUGGGGACAAUAAUAAAAAUCAGCCCUAGUAUUACUCAAUGAGACAUUUUCAGAAAUUGCCAGGUAACAAAACAUUUACUUGGCACUCCAGAGACACACCUAUUUGUACACAAUAGCAGUGUAAUUUUCAAUAAUAUGUACAUUUUAAAGGACUGCUGAGCUGUACAUGUGCUUUUUGUUAUCAGAACACUGGAACUAUAUCUGUUAAAUUGGGGUAGCGAUGCUAACAACCCUCUUGUUUUCUUAACUGAUGGUAGUACCGUUUGUCACGUUGUGACGGUCACUGAUAUUUUUUUUCGUGUCAUUGUACGACAGGGCUUUCCCAAACAGUUGGUUCCUACCAAAGUAUGAUAAACACAAUUUAAAAAGACCCUCCAGAAAAAUUGUGUAUGUAUUGUCAAGUUAAGUAACCUAAGUUUGGGAAACCCUUCAUUGCACUCUGCUUCAUUUCACUUCUAAGAGAUUCCUUUUGAUACGAGUAACCGGACUUGCGAGUUUUGGAAAUACAGUGUAAUACCACUCCUAGUUUACGUUAAACAUAAAACAAAGAUUACACAUUACUCAUUUGGGAACGCUUACAUAACUUUGUCUUAAAAGUCUGCAUAGCUUGCAAUACUAAUAAAGCAAUGCAUUACGACAUUGACAUGCUAAUGGGUAGCAUCAAGAUAUGCUAGAUAAUAUGCUCGCAUGCAAACAGUUGUUAGUGGAAUAGGCUGUAAAAGAUCAUCAUUGGAGAAAUUACAAGAAAUUAACUUUUGGGUUAGAAGCGUGGUUAUCGAACAUGUUUAACUCUUAUCAAGUCAUCACUAUAUUUGUUGUUGUUGUCACAUUCUAUAUGACACAACAGAGGACCAUUUUUUAAUUUUUUGUGUCAAAAUAAAGUGUCCAAUAAAUAAGUCCACUUAAAGAGGAUUUAAAGCCAUAAAACAGAAUGAAAUGAAUGUAAUGCAAUUAUUGCGGGAUAAUCUGCACUGUUAGGGUAGUUAGGGUUACAUUUUGGUGGGAGAACGUCAGGAUGUAUUUGUGUGUUAAGACCGAUUUGAGCGCAUACGGAAGGGAUAGAACGGCACUCAAAAUCCAAACAGACUAAUUGCACCACUUGUUCUUUUUAUGUGUAAAAUUUAUUUUGUAUAAUAAAAUGAUCUUAAA